CGGGGCGGGGACAGGCGGGGACAGGCGAGGACCCGGAGCCUGGCCUCCAGCCCAGAGCUCGCCUCGCCGCUCCCCGGUCACAGCUUCGGUGCCUCGUUCCACUCCGAAGCGGCAAAAAUGUCCAGCCCUACAGAGACUGAGCGGUGCAUCGAGUCUCUGAUUGCUGUUUUCCAGAGAUAUGCUGGCAAGGACGGGAACAGCAGCAAACUCUCCAAGACCGAGUUCCUAACCUUCAUGAACAGAGAACUGGCUGCCUUCACAAAGAACCAGAAGGACCCUGGUGUCCUUGACCGCAUGAUGAAGAAACUGGACCUCAACGCUGAUGGGCAGCUAGAUUUCCAAGAAUUUCUUAACCUUAUUGGGGGCCUGGCCAUAGCUUGCCAUGAGUCCUUUCUCAAGUCUGCUCAUUCCCAGAAGUAAAUCUUAGAAGCCCUUGGGCCUGGUCUCCAAACCCACUUCCUUUCCUUCCAGCCUCCCAACCAUCAUCUACUCUUCACGGCCCACACAUACCCUGAGCCCAGGGCACCCACCACCCCAUGCUGGCCACUCCUGCUACUAUUAAUAAAACAAUAUUGUUUUUUAAAACACA